AUGUACAGUAACACAAUUGUUAUAUUAUUAAAAACACAACCAUUAACACACUCACUGACAGUGAAAUUUACUAAAUUCGAAUGUUUUGCAUUUGACAAACCAUUUGCUGAUAUUCCAAAAUGUUAUUUGAAGGCAUUAGCACGCGAUAAAGUUGCUUUGAAUCUUCAUGUGCGUCUGCAUCAGGUGCCAGUACCUAAUGUUUCGGUUAAUGCCGGAUUUUUUAUUAAAGGUUCCACACAAAUUUAUCGUCCAUUUCUUUAUAAUAAUACCGUUAAUUUUUGCAAAUUUUUGAAAAAUCCCAAUCAUUUACCUUUCUGGAAGAUUGUCUACUCCAUCAUUAAGCCCGCUUCGAAUAUCAAUCAUACCUGUCCCUAUAAUCACGAUAUAAUUGUAAAUAAUCUAGUCUUGGAUAGUGGCAUGCUUAAAAUGGUUCCAUUUCCAACUGGUGACUAUUUAGUGAUUCUUAGGGUAGCCGCCUACAAUCAUUACAAGGCUGAAAUUCGCUCGUACUUAAGUAUUAAGGAAUAA